AUGCAGGCUCCCGUUUUGGUUAUGAACACCCAAAGCGGUGAAAGGCAAACUGGCCGAAAAGCUCAGUUGUCUAACAUCGCUGCCGCGAAGACCGUCUCCGACAUUAUUCGAUCAUGUCUUGGCCCCAAGGCUAUGUUAAAGAUGUUGCUGGAUCCUAUGGGCGGUAUCGUCUUGACGAACGACGGCCAUGCUAUCCUACGAGAAAUCGAAGUAUCGCACCCCGCUGCAAAGAGCAUGAUCGAGCUUAGCAGAACACAAGACGAGGAAGUAGGUGAUGGCACAACAACCGUCAUCAUCAUGGCCGGUGAGAUUCUAGCAUAUGCCCUCCCGCAACUAGAACGAAACAUACAUCCGGUCGUUAUCAUUUCCGCCUUCAAGCGUGCGCUUAAGGAUGCCCUAGAGAUCAUCGACGAGAUAUCCCUGCCUAUAGAUAUUAACGACGACAAGGCCAUGUUUGGCCUCAUCUCCUCUUCUAUCGGUACAAAAUUCGUUUCCAGAUGGACAGACCUAAUGUGCAGCUUAGCUCUUAAUGCUGUCCGAACAGUCACCUGGGAGGCUGGAAACGGUAAGAAAGAAGUCGACAUCAAGCGAUAUGCGCGUGUGGAGAAGGUCCCUGGUGGUGAGAUUGAGGACAGCAAAGUCUUAGAUGGUGUCAUGCUCAACAAGGACAUUACCCACCCGAAAAUGCGACGGAAGAUCGAGAACCCGAGAAUCAUCCUCUUAGAUUGUCCGCUGGAGUAUAAGAAGGGAGAAUCUCAAACAAACAUCGAGAUCACAAAAGAGGAUGACUGGAACCGUAUCCUACAGAUCGAAGAAGAGCAAGUUAAGGCUAUGUGUGAGGCAAUCUUGGCUUUCAAGCCUGAUUUAGUCAUUACUGAAAAGGGUGUUUCGGAUCUCGCACAGCACUACUUCGUCAAGGCAAAUGUUACCGCCCUACGCAGAGUUCGAAAGACCGACAACAACAGAAUAGCUCGUGCAACUGGUGCAACUAUCGUAAACCGGGUGGAUGAUCUCCAGGAAUCUGAUAUUGGAACCCAGUGCGGUUUGUUCGAGAUCGAGAAGAUUGGUGACGAGUACUUCACCUUCCUUACCCAGUGCAAGACACCCAAGGCUUGCACAAUCCUACUCCGUGGACCUUCCAAGGAUAUCCUAAACGAGAUUGAGCGAAAUCUCCAAGACGCUAUGGGAGUAGCUCGCAACGUUAUGUUCCACCCUAGAUUAUCGCCGGGUGGUGGAGCUACUGAGAUGGCAGUCUCCGUACGAUUAAACCAACUGGCGAGGAACAUCGAAGGUGUGCAACAAUGGCCAUACAAGGCCGUUGCCGACGCCCUAGAAGUUAUUCCUCGAACUUUAGUACAGAAUGCUGGUGCUAGUCCAGUAAGAGUUCUCACUGAACUCCGCGCCAAACAAGCAGAGGGUAAGAGUUCAUGGGGUAUUAACGGAGAUACUGGAACGAUCGUGGAUAUGCAGGAGUACGGCAUCUGGGAGCCCGAGGCGAUCAAGCUUCAGAGUAUCAAGACCGCCAUCGAGGCUGCCUGCCUGUUAUUGAGAGUUGAUGACAUCUGCAGCGCCAAGAAAGCACAGCAAGCCGGAGCUCCGGGACUAGGUGGCGGGGAUGACUAA